AUGACAAUAAUGAAGAACAGGACAGAAGUCACACAGUUCAUUCUCAUGGGACUGACCAAUGACCCAGGCCUGCAGCUAGCCCUCUUCAUUACCUUCCUCCUCAUAUACAUCAUCACCCUGAUUGGGAACUUGGGGAUGAUCAUGUUGAUUCUCUUGGAUUCUCGGCUACAUACCCCCAUGUAUUUCUUCCUUGGUAACUUGUCCCUGGUUGAUUUUGGUUACUCUUCGGCUGUCACUCCCAAAGUCAUGGCUGGGCUCCUAAUUGGAGACAAGAUCAUGUCUUACAAUGACUGUGCUACUCAGAUGUUCUUUUUUGUAGCCUUUGCUACUGUUGAGAAUUAUCUCCUGGCCUCAAUGGCCUAUGAUCGAUACGUAGCAGUGUGUAAGCCCCUGUACUAUGCUACCACUAUGACUAGAAGUGUGUAUGUGUGUCUUUCUAUAGGUUCCUAUUUCUGUGGUUUCCUGAAUGCCUCCAUCCACAUUGGGGACACUCUCAGUCUUCCUUUCUGUGGGGCUCAUGUGAUUCAUCUUUUUUGUGAGAUUCCAGCAGUUAUGGGUCUCUCUUGUUCUGACAGACAUGUCAGUGAGUUGGUUCUUGUUUAUGUAGUGAGCUUCAAUAUCUUUUUUGCUCUCUUAGUUAUCUGGAUAUCGUACAUAUUCAUUUUUGUCACUAUCCUAAAGAUGAAGUCAAGUGCUGGAUAUCGAAAGGCUGUAUCCACAUGUGCCUCACACUUCACUGCAGUGUCUAUUUUCUAUGGGACAAUUAUAUUCAUGUACUUGCAACCCACAUCAAGUCACUCCAUGGACAAUGACAAAAUCGCAUCUGUGUUUUACACUAUGAUCAUCCCUAUGUUAAACCCUCUGGUCUACAGUUUGAGGAACAAGGAGGUCAAGAGUGCAUUAACAAAAGUUUUGCUAAUGGUAAAAUAG